UACCCUGACUGUUGCUACGGCUACAUUUUGUCUCAGUUCUUCUAUAAAUAUUCAUCACUAAUGAACUGAAGAUCCACCUUCACAGCACCAAAAACAAUAAUGGGAUUCCGCAAAGCCCUCUUGAUCACCAGCAUCCUGAUCCUUUUCUUCACCACAGGCAAUGCUGCCAACUCCAAGCUGUUUAGGGAGUACAUUGGUGCCAUGUCUAGCUCGAUCAAGCUCUCUGACGUGCCUGUAAGUUCUAAUGUCGAAUUCCAUUUCAUCAUUGCAUUUGCAAUCGACUACACAGGCCUUGAAAAUCCAUCACCAACCAAUGGAAAGUUCAAUGCUUUUUGGGCAUCCAGCCAUGUGACCCCGGAAGAAAUUGCAUCCGUAAAAGACAAGCAUUCUAAUGUCAAGGUUGCUGUUAGCUUGGGUGGAGAUAGUGUUGGAAGCAAGAAGGCAUUUUUCGCACCAAAAUCUAUAGAUUCUUGGGUCCAAAAUGCCAUAUCUUCACUAACCAGUAUGAUAAAACAAUACAACUUGGAUGGAAUUGACAUUGACUAUGAGCACUUCAAGUCAGAUCCUCAUACAUUUGCCGAGUGCGUAGGAAGGCUGAUAACGACUCUAAAGAAAAGUAGGACCAUAUCAUUUGCUUCAAUUGCCCCUUACGAUGACGGGGAGGUCCAAAGCCAUUACUUGGCCCUGUGGAAAAAAUAUGGGCAUGCAAUUGAUCAUGUAAACUUCCAAUUUUAUGCCUACGAGAAAUCAAGCGUGUCUCAGUUUGUCAAGCAUUUUGAUGAACAAGCCUCUAAUUAUGGAGGUGGUCAAAUCUUGGCUAGCUUCAGCACUGAUGAUGAGAGUGAAGGGGGUCUGGAUCCUGACGGUGGAUUUUUUGAAGCUUGCAAGGAAUUACAAGGCAAAGAAAAGUUGGGAGGUAUUUUUAUUUGGUCUGCUGAUAAUUCGAAGAAGCAUGGAUUUGAAGGCGAGAAAAAUUCUCAACAUCUUCUCGCUGCUUGAUUGCGCUGUCAUCAUCUGUAAAUGAAAAAUAAAGGAAUGUGUGCUGUGUUAAUUGUGCAGCUAAAAAGUCCAUUGGACGGCUUGAUCCAACUGGGCUUGAAUAACGUGGAUGUACUUGGGGGAUAUAAUUAUUGUAUUGUAUGGCUUCGUCCUCGUUGCGUGCAGACAAUCGUCCGAUGAUAUUUUUAGUUUUUCAUCGUCAACAAAAAUUUGUGCAGAAGUCACGAGAGAAGAAAAAAUGUCCAUGUCUGCUUUCUUGCUCUUGAAUAAGGGAUGCAUUAAUUAAGCAUUGAUGCAUCAACCAGGCAUUGUAAUAAGUUAAUUAUAGGUGCCA